UUCACAGCUCUGUAUUCAGUCCUCCGCAAUUUUUGACAUCGCCCGUACGUUGUUCAGUAGUUCCGAUUUUCGUUGAAGUAAAAAAAUCAAAAUGUUUGGUGGUGGCCGUGCUCCUAUUCUUGUGUUAAGCCAAAACACAAAGCGUGAUAGCGGCAGAAAGGUUCAGGUGGAGAACAUAAAUGCCGGAAAGCAAAUAGCAGACGUUAUCAGAACAUGUCUGGGACCUCAGGCCAUGUUAAAAAUGUUGAUGGACCCCAUGGGUGGCAUCGUAAUGACCAAUGAUGGAAAUGCUAUCCUCAGAGAAAUCACUGUACAACAUCCUGCAGCCAAAUCCAUGAUUGAGAUUGCCAGAACACAAGAUGAAGAGGUUGGGGAUGGAACCACUUCAGUCAUUGUAUUAGCUGGAGAAAUGUUGGCAGCAGCUGAACAAUUCUUGGAGCAACAGAUGCACCCAACGGUCAUCAUAAGACAAUACAAAGAAGCUCUUGAUGAUAUAAUCUCAUUGUUGGAGGGACCUCUGAGCAUUCCCGUUGACAAAAGCGACAAGACCGCCAUAGCCAAUGUUGUGAAGGCUUGCAUUGGCACAAAAUUCAUCUCCAAGUGGUCUGAUAUGGCGGUCAACAUCGCCCUUGAUGCCGUCAACACGGUAAUGUUAGAGGAAAAUGGCAGAACUGAAGUCGAUUUGAAGAGGUAUGCCAAAGUGGAGAAAAUUCCUGGUGGUUCUGUAGAAGAGUCACAGAUAUUGAGGGGUGUUAUGAUUAAUAAAGAUGUCACCCACCCCAAAAUGAAGCGUUACAUUAAGAAUCCUAGGAUUAUGUUGUUGGAUUGUUCUUUGGAGUACAAGAAAGGAGAAUCUCAAACCAACGUUGAAAUCACUGGUAAAGAAGAUUUUACCAGAUUGUUGGAGAUUGAGGAGGAACAUGUACGCCGUCAAUGCGACGACAUUAUUGCUCUUAAACCGGACGUGGUAUUUACCGAGAAGGGAGUGUCCGAUCUUGCUCAGCACUUUUUGCUGAAGGCUGGCAUCACGGCGGUAAGACGCGUGCGCAAGUCGGACAACAAUCGUAUAGCACGUGCUUGUGGUGCUACGGUGGUCAACCGCACCGAAGAGGUACACGAGAGCGACAUUGGUACCGGUGCAGGUCUCUUCGAGAUCAAGAAAUUGGGCGAUGAGUACUUCUGCUACGUCACAGAGUGCAAGAACCCAAAGGCUUGUACCAUUUUGUUAAGAGGUGCCAGCAAGGACAUCUUGAAUGAAACCGAGCGUAACUUGCAGGACGCCUUGCAAGUAGCCAGAAACAUUGUUCUAUCUCCUAGGCUGGUUCCAGGUGGUGGAGCUAUUGAAAUGGCUGUGGCGCAGCGUUUGUUGCAAAAGGCGACCCAUGGACCUUACAGAGCAUUGGCUCAUGCACUAGAGAUUAUUCCGCGUACUUUGGCACAGAAUUGCGGCGCGAACACCAUUAGAACCUUGACUGCUUUAAGAGCUAAACACGCCAAUCACGCUGAUAAGAAUUCACCUUGUACAUGGGGUAUUGAUGGUGAAUCAGGAGAAUUGGUUGAACAAAGCAAGAAAGGAUUGUGGGAGCCACUGGCCGUUAAAUUACAAACAUACAAGACUGCCAUCGAAACGGCUAUCCUUCUGUUACGUAUUGAUGACAUUGUUUCAGGUUCUAAGAAGAAGGGUGAUAAGGAGCCCCCUACUCCUAGUCAGGUUCAGGCGCAGGAGCUCCAGGACUAGGCGUUUAUUAUAUUUAUGAAUUUCUUAUCAUUUCAUUGAUUUCAGUAUAUAAUUUAAUACGUUCAGCUUUAUUAAUCACGUUAAUAAUUUAACUCACUUUGUAAACAUAUUUUGCUAUUAAAUAUUUAAUAACA